GGCUCCGAGUGCUGGAGGUUUCUGCGCCGGAAUUUCAAGACUUACCGUCAGGGACGUACAAUUGAUUCUGUUCCUCAAUUCAAGACCACAUCAUGUCCACCCCACAGCCAAGAAAGAAGAAAGUGCACGAGAAUCCAUUCGCCAUUCCAGAAAACUGCAGUGCCUUGCAGUUGAAUGCAGACCAAAAGGCUGAGAAACAAGAGGAGCGACGCAGAUUCCUGAAUCUACCAGUGAGCGAGAAGACAUACCAAACCACCCGCAUGAUGUCCACGCUAAAGAAAGAGCUUUUGAAAGAGCUAAAUGAGGAGGAAGAGGAGGACCAAGAGCUGGGGAAAACUAGACGACAAGGCAAAAACAAGAAGGCCCUUCCUGUGCAGACGCCAGCCAGGCACAUGCUGAAGAUGGACAUGAUGAAACAAAGUUUUAUCAGAGAAAGCAGACAUGAUUUGAUCUCCCUGGAGCGUCAGAACGCAGUUUUGGAGCUCUCGCUCAUGGAAAAGAGGGCAGAGAUUAAAAAAAUGGAGAGGGUCAUUGGAGAUGAAGAGAAAAAGUUGAAAGAGCUGGAGCAGAUCAUUGAGAAAGAUAAUCUUCAAUUUAAGGACCUCCUGAAGGAGAAUGAGAAGAAAUCCCUGGAGGCCAAAAUAUAUUUUGAACAGCAGGCCAAGUCCAAGCAGGAUAAGAAUGCUGAAAUAAGGAAGUUGUCUUCAAAAAUAGGAACAUUACAAAGUGAACUGGAGGCCUGUGAACAAACCCUCAGUGACUACCGGAGAUACAAGGAGCUUCUCUUCAAGCUCUCCCCUCUUGAGUGGCAGGAAGCCCAGCGGGCAAAGAUGGAUGCCAGUGUGUCAAACUGUGGUCAGGGCCAGAUAGAUCACAGCGAAGAAGAUGUCAAGAAUGAUCCAGAAAACAAGAUACAUCAGCGAGGACGUGAACUGCCAGCCAUCAAAGAGAGCAGUCAGUCCUCAACAAAUAGUUCCAGGAUCCAGGAUUCACCCGCAGAUCUCGGCAGCUCUGAGUUUGAGGAUGAGCCAGAGUUGUACUUCACUGACCCCCAGCAGCUCGUGGACGUGGUGACGGAGAUGACAGAGCAGAUCCCAUCGCUGAUACAGAACACCACCAGGGUGGAGGAGAUGCUGGAGGACCUACGUCAGGCCACUGAAUCAACCAGGAGGAAGAUUGAAAUGGAAGAGGAGCAGCUGACAUCACAGAUCAAUGACAUGCAGCAGAAAAUUCAAAAAGAGAAGAUGAGAGCCGCCAAGCUGAAGCAGAAAGUUGAGCUGCACAACAGUUUAAGCACAGAUGACCAGGACGACAUGUUGGCAGCGCUUGGCGACAAGGUGACAGAGGUUUAUAGUAUCUGCGUGGACAACAGGGCAACCGGACUCAGUACCCUGGAGAAGCUGGCCAACAUUGAGAAGUACGUCACAUCACUGCUGCAGAGCCUGGAAAGUAUUCCGGAGGAACACUUGGACAUGAUGAGGAAGAUCAAGGAGAGUGAGAAGAGGAUUAGGCAGCGUGAAGAAAAGCUGAUGGAGCAAAAACGCAAACAGAAGGAGAGGAUGGAGAGAUACUUGGAGAGAUCGCUGGCGGAUGUGAAGAGAACGAGUGGAAGAAAGCUCAUGCCUCGAUGCAUCCCUGUUUCACAGACAGUCAAAGUCACCAAAGAAGAAACCCACCCCACUGAGGAUGAGAUCAACACCUACCUGUACAGCUCUGAUGACCUGCAGUAGUCGAACAUUACUUUCUGUCAUAGCCCUGCACACGUGCGGAUCCACUGUAGUGAGCUGAGUUAGGUUUCACUUCCCCUCAUAAAUAGCUAUUAAUUUGUCAUGUACAUUCACUCCACAACUCUUUUACUCAGCAGAGAAGCAGUCAGGUGAAAACUGAUUUGUCUUGUUGGCUUUCAGACUGCCAAACAUUGAUGUUCUCAGAAUAACAAUUAAAAGCAAAUGAUAA